CCAUCUUUACCUCUGUUCUCUUCUUCUCUCCAUCUUUACCUCCAUCCACACCUUCUCUCCAUCUUUACCCCCAUCCACACCUUCUCUCCAUCUUUACCUCCAUCCACACCUUCUCUCCAUCUUAACUUCUGUUCUCAUCUUCUCUCCAUCUUUACCUCUGUUCUCAUCUUCUCUCCAUCUUUACCUCCAUCCACACAUUCUCUCCAUCUUUACCUCCGUCCAUAUCUUCUCCCCAUCUUCACCUCCGUCCAUAUGUUCUCUCCAUCUUCACCUCCGUCCACAUCUUCUCUCCAUCUUUACCACAUUCUCUCCUCCAUUCCAUCUUUCCCUCCAUCCUCACCUUCUCUCCAUCUUUACCUCAAUCUAUCCUCUCCAUGUUUCCCCCAUCUACACCUUCUCUCCAUCUUUACAUCCGUUCUCUCCUUUUCUCUCCAUCUUUACCUCUGUUCUUCCUUUUCUCUCCAUCUUUACCUCCAUCCACACGUUCUCUCCAUCUUUAGCUCUAUUCUCAUCUUCUCUCCAUCUUUACCUCUGUCCACUCCAUCUCUCCAUCUUUACCUCUGUCCUCUCCAUCUUUACCUCCUUCCACACUUUCUCUCCAUCUUUGCCUCCAUCCACACCUUCUCUCCAUCUUUGCCUCCAUCCACACCUUCUCUCCAUCCACACCUUCUCCCCACGUUGUCCUGUGUUCACACGUGACAUCACUUCCUGUGCAGAGCUUCCAGAGGUGUUCCUGCUCCAGAAGACGCCGUCCUCUCCGGUCAGCUGCAUGGCGACAGGUUUCUACCCCGACGGUGCCGACCUGUUUUGGAGGAAAGACGGCGAGCAGAUCUUCGAGGACGUGGAGCACGGAGAGAUACUCCCCAACCACGACGGAACCUUCCAGAUGUCGGUGGCGCUGAAAGUGGAGGUGACGGCCGACGUGGAGGGCAAGUACGAAUGUGUGUUUCAGCUGUCAGGCGUCAAGGAGGACUUGGUCACCAAGCUGGAGAGAAGAAGCAUCCUGAGCAACGCAAGCCAUUGUUUGGCAUUCGUCAGAUGGGAGGACGGUUAUACCGGCAAAAUCUUUACAGGAUCAGACAUUUUGCCAAGAGAUGAAGCUCCUGUGCAGAUCUUAGAUCUUAAAACAGGAGAUUCUGUUUUAGCAAAGUGGGUGCUCACAUGCCUGUGCUUCCUUUGUGGAGAAAGGAGGUAG